AUGGACUAUAUAGGUAGUCCGAUUCUGUCUUACCCCCAACAGGGAAUCAUUUUGAUCCUGCGCGUACUGUACCUGCGUCUUUGUACGAGCAACAACUAUGGCCUCAUACCUGGUGACCGGAGUGGCCCGCGGCCUCGGUCUAAAGAAACCGUGAGGGCGCUGAGCCAAAAGCCGGCCAGCGAGAUUUCAACUAUUUUCGCCACCCUUCGCUCCUCGCCUCCGCCCGCGUUGCAAGAGAUCGUCUCCCAAUCGGAAGGUAGUGUGGUUCUGGUGAACCUCGAGGUGUUGGACCCUGACAGUCUCAGUGCUGGACCUUCUCUCGAAAGAUAG